AUGUCGUGUUUAUCAAAAUGUGUGGUGGUGCAUCUCGUCAGUUUCUUCUUUGAUGGCUCUGGUUAUAUGCAGGCUUCAGUAGGCUUACGUAGCACUUGCUGUCAUACCUAUAAUGUGGAAGAUUCUUUUAAUCACUCUGUUGACAAUCUUAAAAGGAUGAAGUUCCUUAAGAUACGACAACACUACACGAGGAAUGCAGGGUACAACACACAAGUUACAGGCAGGCAGUGGCAUGGCGGGGAGCCGGGUAUCCUGUUGAAUGUGACAUCAUUCGCUCCGAUCGGACAGAACUGCAUAAUUCAAAUCUAA